AUGGCCUACAACACACGUUCCACAACCCGCGCGACUACCACCCCUACCAACACCGGUCGCAAAGCCCCGCGCGCCCCUCCAAAGACUCCCAAGAAGCCUGUCACUGCCACUGGCAGGAUCACCAAAUCUUCACCGACAAAGAAGAAGACUCCAACUCCUGCGACUCACCACAAGAGAAAGCCAAGUAUUGGUGACAAGCUAAUUGGUGCGGCCAUGAAGGUUGAGGGCACUAUUACUGGAAGACCGGGAGUCAAGGCGGCGGGAACGAAGAAGAUGAGGGGCACAGAUGGAAAGGGCAGCCACAGGAGAACACGUAGUUCACGUUAA